AAUCGGGAUCGAAAUACAAGAUAAAAGCGAAAAUAGAAAGCAUGGGUAACAUGGAAUAGGAAAUGUGAAACUUGUAUGACACCAGUAUGAAGACCCUGAACAAGAUUCUGGUGGUGGCUGGAGCUGUAGGACUGACAAGCACUGCCUACAUGUUGUACAAACUGCUGUCAGAUGCAGAGGAAGAUGAAGAUGAUGAGGAAGAGGAGAAGCGACAAAGUGCCACCUCUAAACAGACCGUGAUAGAACUGAACGUCCCAUCCAAAGCGGCGGGAGCCAUCAUUGGCCGACAGGGCACCAAGAUUAAGGAGAUCCAAAAGAAUACAGGCACCCGUAUCAAUUUUAAAGAGGACGGCAGGUCAAAAGAAGAUGAUAGCACCCGCACCAUGAUCAUCCGAGGAACGGCUGAAUCCGCACAGAGAGCUGAACUCGUCAUCCGCGAUUUUGUGGCCAACAUGCCGGUCAUCCUGACGGAGGUGAUGUCAGUUCCAUCUAGCGCUCUCGGCAGGAUCAUUGGUAGAGGUGGCGACACCAUUAAAAGCAUCUCCCGAUCCUCUAAAGCUAAGGUGUACGUGGACCGCGCCCCGGAUGAUUACAGGGUGGUAGAACAAGAGGUUCAGCUGACGGGAAGCAGGGAGCAGAUAGACCUGGCUAAGACAUUGAUUCAAGAAAAGGUGCAGGAGGAAAAGGUGUUCAGAGCCAAGAAGUCAGUAAUGGAAGCCAAUCGUGAGAAGCGUAACAAGUCCAACAUGAACACCAAACAAGAAAAAAGGGAAGAGAUCCCAUUGGAUGAAAAGGAACCAGUUCAUACAAAUCCAUCACUGCACCAACAAAAUGUUGCAUCCUGGCCAAGUGGGCGGAGUUUUGUAGAAGUCUACGUCUCAUCGGUCGCCAAUCCGUCAACGUUCUUUGUACAGAUUCUGACGUCGAAGUCCAUGGAGUUGGAUGAAAUUGUCAAGGACAUGUCUCAAUAUUACUCUAAGGAGAGGGAGAGUGACGUGGAGGACGAUAUCGGACUCGGACAGCUGGUAGCUGCACCAUUUGACCAAGAUUCCUCGUGGUACCGAGCCCGGGUGUCUGGUUUCCAAGGCGAUGACCCAGACCAGCUAGACCUGUUCUACCUUGACUACGGAGACAGCUGUUAUUUACAGAAAAGCAAAGUCAGAAUCUUACAGUCAGAGUUCAUGCGUAUUCCAUUCCAAGCAGUAGAGUGUGAACUUGCCAACAUCUGUCCAAAAGAUGGAGAUUCGUGGGAGGAGGCUGUGGUGGAUAGAUUUGAGGAGCUGACACAUACCGCCAUGUGGACAGUCCUGAUGGCCAAGCUAGUGGAAAUAAAGACUUUAUCCACCGGGGAGAAAAUCCACAUUGUGGAGCUGGUGGAUACCAAUGAAAAAGUGGAUGUGAACAUUGCCACAAAGUUAUGUGCAGAGGGACUUGCCAAAUGGUGUGGGACAGAGAAGAGUGAUGCGUGAUGUAGAGAGAGAGAAUAUUGUACAGUAACCUGUCUGGUUGAUAUGGUUUAUAUGUGUGGUAACAUGUUUACAAAUUUCACAAUUUAUCAGGUCCAUUUUUAAAUUAGAUUAGUGAAAGAAUCUCAUGCCAUUUUUAUUCAAUUUUUAUUCGCGCGUCAAAGACUGGACAUAUUAUGGUAUAGCGUCAUCCGUCAGUCUGUCCGUCUCUCUGGACCUUGUAGAGAAAAUGCAAAAUGAACUGUAAGCACCAGGAUCUUACAACUUGGUAAAUUUAUCAUCUUGAUAAAAGAAAGAUGCCUACUGUUUUUCAAGGUCAAAGAUCAACGUAGUAUCAGUUGAUAUGAAAACAUUGUAGGCAGAAUACAGACCAAAGUAUUGGAGCUAGGAUCUCACAACUUCGUACAUUUAAUCACCAUGAUCAGAGGAAAAUGCCUAUCAAGGUCGUAGUAUCACUUAGUAGAGAAACCUGAAAUUUUGUCAGAAACUCCCUCUCAGAGAAAUCCAUAUUCAGUUCACAUUUCAUUUUGAUUGGUGUUCUAUGACUUACUUUAAGGCUAAAAGUAGGUCAGAUAGUUUUCAUGAUUUUUUGUCAUCAUAGAUACAGAUAUUACACUGAAGGUCUAAUGGGCAUACAUGUAUGUUGUAUCGUUUGCGAUACUCUUGUUAUUCAUUGCAAUGACAGGAAAGAUGUAAGUUUAUCUGUAACUAUUUACAUUUACAGUGUUUCCCUCAAUAUUACUACUAGCUGAAACUCUAUAAAGUUAAUAUCUCAUAAGCUUUCAACUUUUAAGAUAGGCUAAUCACUGUGUAUGGAUACACUUGUAUCAUGUAAAAGAGUAAAUAUAGAUAUUCCAGAAUUUUGAAAAUGAAUAAAAUUCAGAUGUAACAAAUGUCUUUCAGGUUUUGAAAGUAUCGUUAAUAUAUAAGAUGAAAUACCUCAGACCUCUCCCCACUGGCACACACAUGGUGCACACAAGUGCUCCAUUCAGUAUGCAGGUGUGAAGAGGUUGGAAGUACAUAUAAAUCUUGUGUACUCUCAAAUACGGAGAGAGACGUUUUUAAAGUACAGUAAAACAUGGCGAUAUUAUCAAACCUACAAGGAAAUGAAAGAAUGUAAACUACAUGUACAUGAAUUGUUGUAUUCGAUUUUGUUGGUUUCAUGACUUUAUUAUCUAAGACAUACAUACAUGAUAAGUUCGACAUGCGUGAAUACAGAAGAGAUGUUUACCGUAGCACUCUCUAUUUGAAAUGCACAUGUAUAUGUUGUAGUCAUACCACAUAAUCGAAGUUUGUAUAAUUUGAAAUUGAUGUAUGAUGUCUUCUUACUACACAGAUUUUCAUGUGAGUGUUGUGGAAAAUUUUGACGUUGAUCUUGAACAGCUGUAUCAUGUAAAACACCUCGAUUUCGAAAUGCUUUAUAUAUGGUACAUAUGAAUAGGGCAUAUGUGGUGAUAUUCAUUCAUUGUCUCGUAUUUUGUGUUCCAUUAGAAAUGAAUUGUUGUUAAUUGCAUUUAGUCAUAGACAGUGGAUUGUGCAGAUUUAACUGGAUUUUUUUACUGGUUCGUUCAGUGCAGCUUGAUUAUACAAACCGACUUCCACAGAAGUUGGAAAAUGUGAUAAAAAAAAGAUACCUUGUUCACGCAGUCUAUUUUAAGACUAAACGUUUCUGAUGAUUUUUAUUUUGCUCCUGAAAGAUUAUUCAGACGUACUGUAUGAUAACAUUUCUUGCCAUAUGGUUUUUGUCAGAGUUGUGCCCCUUAGCAUUGAUUUCAUUGUAGAUUGACGACAUGACAGAGUUGUGCCCCUUAGCACUGAUUUCAUUGUAGAUUGACAACAUGACAGAGUUGUGCCCCUUAGCAUUGAUUUCAUUGUAGAUUGACGACAUGACAGAGUUGUGCCCCUUAGCACUGAUUUCAUUGUAGAUUGACGACAUGACAGAGUUGUGCCCCUUAGCACUGAUUUCAUUGUAGAUUGACGACAUGACAGAGUUGUGCCCCUUAGCAUUGAUUUCAUUGUAGAUUGACGUUAUGACAGAGUUGUGCCCCUUAGCAUUGAUUUCAUUGCAGGUUGAUGACAUGAGUUUUAUUGCUUUUACAUGUAUGUCUUUGGAAAAGAUGGUAUGAUGAAAUGUAGUACUCUUAAUAUAAUUUCAUUAAUUACAUGUAAAUCCAGGCGAAGUCCAGGAAACUUGAUAAUUUCUUUUGUUUGUGAUUUGUCAUCAGAAUAAUGAUGUUUUUUUUUACCCCCACCCCCACCCCCUGCAAAAGAAAUUUAAGGGAUUAGGUGAUACACUGGAAUCACUCCGUCCGUCCGUCUGUCCGCCUGUAGUUAUAAUUUGUCCCGAGUAUAUCUUUAACAUUGAUGAACAGAUUUGAUUAAAACUUUUUGCAUAUCCUGUUAAUGAAUAAUAACACUGUGCACCUAAUUAUUCUGCUUGAGAAUGUUUUAACAUUUAAGGAUGUUGUAGAUAUUUUCCCCCCAUUUUGAAGGCGAGUGUGUUAUUUUGUCAUUGUUCAGAGUAUACAAAAUAUCUUAAAAAGCAUUUAUUCUUCAAUAAGGACCAUUUUACCAUUUCCUACCAUGCAAUGUGCUUUGCCGGAGGUAAUGAUCCUUUAGGACAGUCUUAUAGGAGUGGGGUGCAUAUAAAUAUAUGGACCUGUUUAUUGAAGCUCCCUAGAUAAAUAUGGAUACAUGUUUAUAUGUAGUUUACACUGUUUUUGUGUAUGAUCAUCAAUGUGCAUUGUCUAAUUCCAAACUAUUAUGUAUAUAAAGUUAACCAGGUUAAUAAAAGCUUUUCUACACA